CAUGAAGUUCUUCGCUGGUCUUGUUUUACUGCUCGCGGCUAUUGCCUUGGCCCAGGCACAGGAUCCUAACACCAACGAAAACAAGAAUGUGAUCCACAUCAAUAGUGGUGCUCCAGCCGCAUCCUAAAUUCUCUCCAGACUAGGAAUUCAAUAAAAAUGUUUACAUAAUUGGUUUCAUGUAA